GGCGCUCGCCCCCGGGAAGGCAGCAGGGGCGGUUGAGAAGUGAAGUCUUGGCCAGAGUUUGCUUCUUGCCAGGAAAUCCGCUGCGGCGGCGGCGGCGGCGUUGGCGGCGAUUCCGGGUGGAGCGGAGGCCGGCUCCCUCCCGGUUCCCGCAGCGGGCCACGGAGAGCGGAGCUGGUGCCGGGCUGCGGCUCCAGGAGCCGGUGCGCGCUCCGGGCAGCCGCGCUUUCCCAAAGAACGUUGGUUUCCGUCAAACACGUCACUGUCAAAGGAAACCAGAGCUGAACUGGAAGUCUAACAUAUGAGGAGACAAACCACUCUGGUCGCUUCAAAAUGGGAACAGCAGUUGAUGAGCUGGUGUCUGUGGAACAGGCCUCCUCGUCCUCUUUCAAUCCUCUGUGUUUUGAAUGUGGCCAGCAGCACUGGACGAGGGAAAACCACUUGUACAACUACCAGGAUGAGGUGGAUGACGACCUGGUCUGCCAUAUCUGCCUUCAGCCUCUGCUGCAGCCCCUAGACACGCCCUGUGGACACACAUUCUGCUGCAAGUGCCUCAGAAACUUCUUACAGGAGAAGGAUUUCUGCCCAUUGGACCGGAAAAGACUUCACUUUAAGAUGUGUAAGAAGUCCAGUAUUCUAGUUCAUAAACUUCUGGACAAAUUAUUAGUGUUAUGUCCAUUUUCUUCAGUGUGCCAAGAUGUGAUGCAACGCUGUGAUCUGGAGGCACAUCUUAAAAACAGGUGUCCUGGAGCGUCCCAUCGGAGAGUUGCCCUAGAGAGAAAGAAAACUAGUAAAACUCAAACAGAAGUUGAGAAUGAAAGUGGAACCACUGUCAUAGAUCUUCCAGGUACCGUAUCACCUGAAGCCGACUGCUCGGGAACAGGCACAGUGCCAGCCGAGCGGAACCUGACGCCGGCACCCCUUUCUGCGUGGACUGAGGAGCCCGGCCUGGACAACCCUGCCUUUGAGGAGAGCGCUGUUGUCGACACCGCACAGCAGCCACAUAGUUUACCAGAAGGUGAAAUUACCACGAUUGAAAUUCACCGGUCUAAUCCUUAUAUUCGAUUAGGAAUUAGCAUUGUGGGGGGCAAUGAAACGCCACUGAUUAACAUUGUUAUCCAGGAAGUCUAUCGGGAUGGGAUAAUUGCCAGAGAUGGGAGACUCCUUGCUGGAGACCAGAUUCUUCAGGUUAACAAUUGUGACAUCAGCAAUGUGUCCCAUAACUAUGCCAGAGCCGUCCUUUCCCAGCCCUGCAGCGCGCUGCAUCUCACGGUGCUUCGGGAGAGGCGCUUUGGCAACCGACCACACUCGCAGGCGGAAGGUAGCUCCCCACGAGAAGAGGUGUUCCAUGUGGUUCUUCACAAGCGGGACUCCGGGGAGCAGCUGGGCAUUAAACUCGUGCGAAGGACUGACGAGCCAGGUGUUUUUAUUCUUGACCUGUUGGAAGGGGGGCUGGCCGCACAGGACGGGAGGCUCAGCAGCAAUGACCGUGUGCUCGCCAUCAACGGACACGACCUGAAGCACGGGACGCCGGAGCUGGCCGCCCACAUCAUUCAGGCCAGUGGAGAGAGGGUGAAUUUAACAAUUGCUAGACCAGGGAAACCCCAGCCUGGUAACACUAUCCGAGAAGCAGGAACUCAGAGCAACAGCCAGCACCACGCCCAGCCACUGUACUGCAGCAGACCCAGCUCACAUAAGGAUCUUACCCAGUGUGUCACAUGCCAAGAAAAACACAUCACUGUAAAGAAGGAACCCCAUGAGUCCCUUGGGAUGACAGUUGCUGGGGGCAGAGGAAGUAAGAGUGGUGAGCUGCCCAUCUUUGUGACCAGUGUGCCACCUCAUGGCUGCCUUGCACGCGAUGGCAGAAUCAAGCAGGGUGAUAUACUGUUGAAUAUCAAUGGCAUUGAUUUGACCAAUUUAAGUCACAGCGAGGCCGUUGCUAUGCUGAAAGCCAGCGCUGCGUCCCCCACCGUCGCCCUUAAAGCGCUGGAGGUCCAGAUUGUCGAGGAGGCCCCUCAGACCGCGGAAGAGCAGCCCAGCACUUUCAGUGAAAACGAGUAUGAUGCCACUUGGUCCCCAUCGUGGGUCAUGUGGCUCGGGCUCCCAAGUGCCCUUCAUAGCUGCCAUGAUAUAGUUUUAAGAAGAAGCUACCUGGGAAGCUGGGGCUUCAGUAUCGUCGGGGGAUACGAAGAGAACCACACCAAUCAGCCUUUCUUCAUUAAAACCAUUGUCUUGGGAACUCCUGCCUAUUAUGAUGGAAGGUUAAAAUGUGGAGACAUGAUUGUUGCCGUCAACGGCCUGUCAACUGUGGGCAUGAGCCAUUCCGCACUGGUCCCCAUGCUGAAGGAGCAGAGGAACAAAGUCACUCUGACAGUUAUUUGCUGGCCUGGCAGCCUGGUGUAGAUUUCAAAAUUGGUUUUGAGUUACACAUCUUCCUUUGUUAGGCUUUGGAAAGAAAACCCUUUAGUUUUAUUGUGUUUCUGGUUGUUAGCUAUUACGCAGCUGGUAUAUGCAGGGCCAAAAACCACUAAGACUGUCCCUGUUAUUUUUCAGAUCGUUUUCCUCAAGUUAACCACAUCUCUUUCAGCUUGGAGUCAGUCUUCCACGAACCCUUGUGUGUUCCUAUUUUCAGAAUUCACUCUCAGUUGUCAGAAUGUGACCUAUAACAAUGAAGUCUGCCCAAACUGUGACCCAGCCAGCUGGAUUAGACAACCUCUGGUAACUCUUUGUUUUUAAUAGCUGAAUCAUGAAACGAGUUACAUGCCCCAGGACUGGUCUCAGCAAAGCCAGUAGCAAUAGCAUUUGCUGCCCCUGCUGCGUCCAGUCCAUGAAUGGGUACAUUUUUCACUUGGGUAAUAACCCUUUCCCAUUUUUCACUGGUGCCAACAUUUCAAAACUUCAUACUGUUCAUAAAGUGACUCUUCUGGCUUAUCUUAUUUCUCCUUUAAUCUCUCAGUGCUCAUAGAUAAUGAAGACAUAAGUCUGACACCACUGAAGAGACUUUUGGAAUAAUGUACCAUUUUUAGAGUAGUAGAGAAUAAAAGAUAAUGUUUUCCAGUGACAAAGAAAUUGGGGAGGUAAUUAUAGUUUAGUGCUGGAGAUGGUAAAGGCUACAUUUACUUGAAGAGUCCAAAGCAUUAAAUGUUCAUUUCCAAAGGAAUGUUUUGUUAUGUAGGAAAAUUUUGAAGCAGUUUUUGGAAAAAUCAUUUUCUAGAGUUUGUAUUAAACUUUUCAGCAAUCUUGGCUGGAAAUCUUUUUGUGAUUUAUGCAGUUAAACUAGGUAAAAAUAAAACCAUAUUGCUAUUAAAUACACAUAUAUCACAGCUAAGUAGAAGGUAGGUCUUUUUUAUUUUAUUCUAGAUUCAAGAUUCUUAAAUCUUGAUUGUUUUAGAAACCCUUUUUUUCCCUAUUAUUUCAUUACUUAGAAACUUAAUUAUUUCAAGAAAAAGACUAAAAAGUUGGUUUUUAUUUGGAACUGUAGGUUUUAGAUGUUCUCUCAGUCAGUUCAUGGUCAUUUGACUAUUUCAUAUUUUUUUAAGUGAUUUUGAAAACUAUGACUGGCCCGUUUUGUCUGUCUUUUACUCAGCAUUGUUGUCUUUGAAAGAACCCAUAAAGAAGCGAAUAAAAGAAGAAUAUUUUUACCUUAUUAAUAUUAUGCAUACUUGAAAGAAGUUUCACUUAGAAACCUAGUUCAGAACCUGAGCUGAUUUACAAGUGACCUCUGUAAUAAAUGGUAUUGAUUAUAAAAGAAUGUAUUUCAAAACACUACAGUGUAUUUUAAGCAUGACCACUUUAUUUUCAAACUUAGCAAUUUCAUUGCUGGGGGUUAUUGUGUCUAUAGCAUGUCACUGAUUAUUCCAGGUGGUUUUAUAAUGAUUUUUGUAAGCAUAUCUCUUUUGAAUAAAUAAGAAAUGGCAUAAUUGCUACUGACUCGUCCAACCCCUUAGCUACACUGUAUGGGCAACAUAUAGCCAAGAUACAGUGGAAUGCCCCAUACAGUAUAUUACUGUUAUGUGAUGAUUGGCUUUUGAAGCAGUUUGAUAUUGGAAUGCUUUGAUAUUCUAAUUGACAUGGAACAAGUUUUUUUCCUGCUCCCCCAAUAGAAUUUUGUAUUCUACUUUGCUAUUUUUUAAAUGUUUUGUAAGAAUGUGUCAUUUUGGGGGAGUGGCCAUCCAUAAACAAAUGUCCUAACUGCUGCUUUGUUAUAAAUGAAAUACUUACAUUGGGCCCAGUGGUAUAAUCAGUGUUUUAAAAGAGGAAAUCUUUUUCAAUUUUAUUUUCAUCAUGGAAAUCUUGCAAUCAGUUAAGCUAAUUUGGUUGUAUUGCAAAAGAGACUCUAGCUUUUGGUCAGAAUGGUAGUUGGUGAUGGACACUUGUUCAUAAUUUAUUGUUACUGUUGAAAUAUUUGAAUUUUCUCAUUUUAGGCUUCAGUAGUUAAAUACUUGGAUUUGUUCUGUGCCUUCAGUUUAAAUUAUUUCAGGAUUUUUCAGAUGUGCUUAAAUAACGGUGUAACAGUCAUUCAGGAUGCAAAUAAAAAUCAUCCUUUCCAUAA